AUGUUCGCCAAACAGGACAACCGUCUCGUCUUUAGCUACGAUGCCGACAAACUCUGGAUCGAGCCGUGGGGCAAGAAUGCUCUUCGCAUUCGUGCGACUCAGCUGAACGAGAUGCCUUCAGAGAAUUGGGCUUUGGAAGGCUCAUCGGGACCUGAUGCGAAGAUCGAGAUUGGAGACAAGUCAAGCUCCUUGACCAAUGGAGAAAUCAAGGCUGUCGUUUCGGCAAAGGGCAAGUUGACCGUCUACGGUCACGGCGGCAAGAUCAUACUCGACGAAGCCGUCCGAAACCGCCGUGACGUCUUGGACCCAAAGUGCAGCGCAAUCGACAGAGAGGCUCGCGAAUUCCAGGCUAUACCCUCCACCAAUGACUACCACAUAGUCUGGCGCUUGGAGUCUCUCGACAAGGAUGAGAAGAUAUAUGGUAUGGGCCAGUACCAGCAGCCCUAUCUCGAUCUCAAGGGCCUCGACCUCGAGCUCGCGCACCGAAACUCGCAAGCCAGUGUGCCUUUUGCCGUCUCUUCUUUGGGAUAUGGUCUACUAUGGAAUAACCCCGGUAUUGGAAGAGCCGUCUUUGGCAAGAACGUCAUGUCCUUCGAGGCAUUGAGUUCCACUGUCUUGGACUGUUGGCUUGUGGCUGGAGAGACCCCUGCCGAAAUCGUUCAGGCAUACGCUGGAGUCACCGGCACUGUCCCCAUGAUGCCCGAGUACGGUCUCGGCUUCUGGCAGUGCAAGCUUCGCUAUCAAACACAGGAAGAAUUACUUGACGUUGCAAGAGAAUACAAAGCUCGUCAGUUGCCUAUCGAUCUCAUCGUGAUCGACUUCUUCCAUUGGCCCUUGCAAGGAGAAUGGAAGUUCGACCCUACCUACUGGCCGGAUCCUGAUGCCAUGGUGAAAGAGCUGAAGGAGAUGAACAUCGAGCUGAUGGUGUCGAUUUGGCCUACCGUUGACCGGAGAUGUGAGAACUACGAAGAGAUGGUGGAGAAGGGUCUCUUGAUCAGAUGCGAUCGCGGUACAAGAAUUUCACUGGACUUCGAGGGCAAUACUGUCCAUUUCGAUGCCACCAAUCCCGAAUCUAGAGCCUAUGUUUGGAACAAAGCCAAGCAGAAUUAUUUCAACAAGGGGAUCAAGACAUUCUGGUUGGACGAAGCCGAGCCCGAGUACUCAAUCUAUCACUUUGACAACUGGAGAUACUGGAAAGGAUCUAACGUUAGCAUCGGCAACAUCUACCCCAAAGAAUACGCUCGUGCCUUCUAUGAAGGUCAAGAGGCCGCAGGACAGCAGAACAUCGUCAAUCUUCUACGAUGCGCAUGGGCUGGUAGUCAAAAGUACGGUGCCUUGGUAUGGAGCGGAGACAUUGCCUCAUCUUGGUACAGUCUGAAGAACCAAUUUGCUGCUGGACUCAACAUGGGCAUGGCCGGCAUCAGUUGGUGGACCACCGACAUUGGCGGUUUCCAUGGUGGCAAUCCCGACGACGAAGCCUUCCGCGAGCUGUUCACCAGAUGGUUCCAAUACGGAGCAUUCUGCCCUGUGAUGCGCCUGCAUGGAGAUCGUGAGCCCCACCAACCUCAGCACGGUACCACUGGCGGUGCAACGUGCUUGUCUGGAGCUCCAAACGAGGUCUGGUCGUACGGACCAGAGGUCUAUGAGAUCUGCAAGAAAUACAUGAAGAUCAGAGAAGAUAUGAGAGAGUACACGCGGAGUCUCAUGAAGGAAGCCCAUGAAAAGGGAUCUCCGAUCAUUCGACCUAUCUUCUAUGACUUCCCUCAGGACAAGAAGGCGUGGACAGUGGAAGAUCAGCAGAUGUAUGGUCCCAAGUACCUGGUAGCGCCUAUAUUCGAGCCAGGUCAACGCAAGCGAACGGUUUACCUUCCCGCGGGUGCGUCUUGGAAGGCUUUCGAGAGCGGUGAGACGCACGAGGGUGGUCGCGAGAUUGAGGUCGAGUGUCCCAUUGACGCUAUGCCUGUUUUCGUAAAGCAGUAG